UUGUUAAAGCUCCUUGGGGAAUUCUUGGGCACUAUAGAAAUGCAUCAGCUUGUUAUUUCGGAGGGACAGGGAUGAGCCUUGCCUGGCAAGCCGGGGAUGAAAAGAAGGGGAGCAGACUCGGGGCCAGCAGAAAGGGGUGGCUGGUGAUGGGGAAAGAGAGUUAAAAGUGUCCCAUUGUUAGGGAAGUUUGCUCUGCUUCAGACCAUCCCGCUCCCAGGGCCACUGUGCUGCCUUUUGAAGUGCAACCUUAGGCGGUUCCUUGUCACCCAUUGGAGAGGGAGCUUUUUUACCACAUUAAGUCAUUGGGUAGCAAAUGAAUGGGGGGUUUUGACUAUUCACAACUUCACCUUAUAAAUAUCAGGGUUGGUGGCUCCUGCAGCUUCCCUCCACCCCGAAGCUCACCUUGGGAAGGAGCAGAGGGAGGCGGCCCUGCUCAUUCGGGACCUGUGGUGCAGAGAGCUACGGACCAGAACAAGGGAUCCAACCUUCUCCUUGUGACAGCCAUGAAGAGAAGCACCUUCCUCAUCCUCUCCAUCGCAGGGCUCUUCGGUGCCAUUCUCCACACAGCAGCAUGGUCUGUGAAUAACUUUCUGAUGACAGGACCUAAGGCUUACCUGACCUACUCCAGCAGUGUGGCAGCCGGCGCGCACAGCGGGAUGGAGGAGUGCAAGUUCCAGUUCGGAUGGGAGCGCUGGAACUGCCCCGAGAGCGCCCUGCAGCUCUCCACACACAACCGGCUCCGCAGUGCUACCAGGGAAACAUCCUUUGUGCACGCCAUCAGCUCGGCUGGUGUCAUGUACACCCUCACCAGGAACUGCAGCAUGGGGGACUUUGAGAGCUGCGGCUGUGAUGACUCCAGGAACGGACGCGUCGGUGGCCGAGGCUGGGUCUGGGGAGGAUGCAGCGACAACGUGGAGUUUGGGGAGAGGAUUUCCAAGCUCUUUGUGGAUGCUCUGGAAACAGGACACGAUACCCGGGCGCUGAUUAACCUGCACAACAAUGAAGUCGGGAGGCUUGCCGUGAAAGCCACGAUGAGGCGAACCUGCAAGUGCCACGGCGUGUCCGGGAGCUGCAGCAUCCAGACCUGCUGGCUCCAGCUUGCCGAGUUCCGUGAGAUUGGGAACUACCUGAAGAUAAAAUACGACCAAGCCCACAAGCUGGAGAUGGACAAGAGGCGGAUGAGAGCCGGCAACAGCGCCGACAGCCGCGGGGCCACGGCAGAGACCUUCCACCACGUCCAUGCCACGGAGCUGGUCUUCCUGGAGGACUCUCCCGACUACUGCACCAGGAACGCCAGCCUGGGCCACCACGGCACCGAGGGCCGCGAGUGCCUGCAGACGGGCAAGAACCUCUCGCAAUGGGAGAGGAAGAGCUGCCGGCGGCUGUGCACUGAGUGCGGUCUGAGGGUCGAGGAGAGGAGGACCGAGGUGGUGGCCAGUUGCAACUGCAAGUUCCACUGGUGCUGCACGGUACGGUGCGAGCAGUGCCGGCAGCUGGUGGCCAAGCACUUCUGCACCCGGCGCGACACCGCUGCACCCAACCAUGUCAAGCAGAGGAACAAGGGUCAUAAGAGAUAAAGGGUUAGAUGUGGGGCCUAAGGAGGACACGAUGGUGUCCCCAUGCUUGGCAGCCACUGGUGGAGCUGGGGUGGGAGGGAGCAUCCCCAGGGUCCAGAGGGACCUGCUGAGGAGGGAUGCUGUGAGAUUAGGAAGCACAAAGCGCGGGCGCUGAGGGACCACAGUCCUCCUUGCUUCCAUGGUGGGUCUUCAGUGUUUACUAGUAGUAAAUGUUUACUAAUAGUACUUCUUUCUUGUUGGGAGUCACUUUAUCAGUGUAUUGGACAGAGGGAAGAGUUCACUUUUUAGAUAGGAUCAACCCUUUGUGCCACUGACAGUGGUUCCACCAUGGCCAGUGGUGGGGCUCCAGCUGUGGCCAGAAGUGGGUACCACAGCUGUUAUUAUACCCCAGCCCUUGAUGCACAGUGGCUGCUCAGCAGCAUUCCUAGCGGGAAACUCAUGCACUUUCUGAUGUGAGGAGGUGACUGCAGCCUGUGGAGGGCUUUGCUAAGUUGACAGUCAAUGUUUACAGAUUCCUUCCCCUCUUAUGUUUUGUUAUUUGGGUACCAGAACCCUGCCUCAACAGACAGUAGCUUCAUGUGUUUGUACUGGAUGAAAUUGAGCAGUUUGUAAUUCCUAUACUGUUGGUUUGGGUUUGGUUUUAACUGUAAGAAUUCAGAAUUCUUCAUGCCCGAUGUUGUUGUUAAUAAGUUGUGUUAUUGCUUAGCACAAUCCCUUUUCUCUAUGUAUUUUGAAGGUAUCCCUCAAGAGUUAGGUUUCUGCAAUAAACAUCACAAUGGAAA